CACCAAGAGACGCCUCGGGGGGACCAAAUCAGCAGAACAGCUGAUCUGGUCUCUAACCCGAAUCGAUCACAAGUGAUCGACUCUGCAAUUUUGAUCUACCCCCGGUUAGCUGGCACAGGACGGUCGUUACCUUGCGACUGAAUUUACAAUUGUAAGACCAUGUGGCGUCGUACUGCUAUGUUAGGAACAAAGGCGAUACAAAUUGAUCUGUGUUCGGUGAUGAGGGCAGGCUUGACAGUUCCUGCACCUCCUGGUUUUAACUACGCAAAGGCAUAUGGCAUCGAAUCCGUCGCUGGCGCCGUGAUUUUUGCCAUCAUUUACGUGCCUUUGUUCUUCCUGUAUGUCAGACAAGCGAUUGUACGCCCAACCUACGUUUUUAUUGUCAUCGCAUUCUUCUGCGCAGUGAGAAUCGCAGCCUUCGUUUUGCGAGCGUUAUUGGCUUCCGUGGCAACAGACGGCCAGAAUCUUAACUUAUUCAUAACAUAUGAAAUCAUGUACAACGUCGGUUUCUUCGGUUUGCUUUAUUCAGCCUACUCCCUUGUUGUUGACAGAGGCUUGGUUUCCGAUCUCCCUCUUCCCAGCGAUCCGAUCUCCAGCCUUACCCGAAGACGCAUGAUUUUCCGUCUGUUGUUGACAGCGGCAGUUUCUAUUGGUAUUACGGGUGUCAUCGAAGCUGCUGUCGGAACUACACAACACACGGUAGACGUUGGCGACACCUUGCGCAAGGUUUCACUGUACAUGUUCCUCAUACUUUGCAUACUUGUUGCCUUCCAGGCUGUCCUUCUGGUGCGAGCUGAAGCUUUUUAUGGCACAUAUAAGGUGCCCGAAGGAGCAUUCGGUGCAAGACACGGCAUUCAUGUUCUUUGCCUCAUCUCGCUCCUCCUGGUUACCCGUCAGGGAUUUUUUGCCGCCACCGUUAACAACGCCGCAAAGCAAAACAAUGAACACUUGUGGUACCCGCUUGCAGGCUCUCCCUGA